AUGGCAUCACUUAAUGAUAUGCUUGAUUCAGGUGAGAAGUUAUUGGCAGAUUUAACUUCGAUAUUGCUAAGAUUUCGUUGUCACAAAAUUGCAAUGAGUGCAGAUAUAGAAAAAGCAUUUUUACAAAUUUCAUUAAAUCAGAAUGAUAGAGAUAGUCAUCGUUUCCUCUGGUAUAAAAAUUUAAGAGAUGAUAACAAACCAGCGGAAAUUGCAACUUAUCGAAUGGCAAGGGUAACUUUUGGUGUAACAUCUAGUCCUUUCUUGAUAGCGUCGACAAUGCAGCAACAUCUGCAAGGCAAUGUUGAGCAAUAUGGUUUAAUAUGUGACAAACUAAAAAACUCAUUUUACGUAGACGACUUAAUAAUUAGUAUAUCAACUGUUCAAGAAGCUGAAUAUUUAUACCUCAUUGCAACGAAAAUAAUGAAAAUAGGAGGUUUUAAUUUGCGGAAGUGGACCUCCAACAGCGAAGACUUACGACGAAAAUUUGAAGAAAAUAAUGAAGAGCAGCAUCGGAUACAAAAGGUGCUUGGCGUUUUAUGGAACAUUUAUGAAGAUAAUUUAUUCAUAAAUUUAGAUCACUGUAUAGAGAUUUCUCGGAAUUUAAGACCCACUAAACGCAAUGUAUUAAAGAUUAUGGCUGGAGUUUAUGAUCCCUUAGGAUUUUUAAGUCCGUUUACUGUAAAAAUCAAAACACUAUUGCAGAGGAUAUGGAAAGAAAAUUUAGACUGGGACUCUACCUUACCUGAAAGCUUAGCGAAUGAUUUUAAUAAAUGGUGUGAUGAUUUACAUAAUUUAAAAUAUUUUACUAUUAGUCGAUGCCUGAUGCGAGCCCGAUUGCAUACGGAGCUGUUGCAUACCUACGAGAAAUUUUGUCUAGUGGCAAAUUAUUUACAAGCUUUAUAUGUUCUAAAAACAGAGUAA